CCCUGGGGUGUGAGAAAGCUGGUUCCAUCAUGCGGGAAGGAAGGAGUCGUGUUGUUGGUCUUGCUACUGAUCGAUCAGGGAGAAUUCUUGCUUGCCAUGGAACAGACUCUGUCCUGGAAAUAUUCUAUGUCCUCAGCAAAGAAGAAGUUCAGAAGAAAUUAGAGAAGAAAAUGAGGAAAGCAAGGAAAAAAGCCAGGCAAAAGUCAAAUGUGGAAGAGGAAGAACUUGAUAUCAGUAUAGAGUGCAGUCUACAGGAAAAGAUUCAGCGUCUUAUUAACAUCAAGGCUUCUGCUAAAAUCAAAUCUUUUGACUUGAUACUCAAUCCAAAAGGAGAGCUGAAGGCCACCUUAAUGCUCCAGAACAACAUGAUUGAAUGUUACAGCCUGAAGUCAUCAGGGCAGUGUCCCCAAGUUGUGCAGACAUCAAGGAUAAACAUUGGAGGUCACCGUACUGAUGUCAGAACAGUGUCAUUUAGCUCUGAUAACAUCGCCAUUCUCUCUGCUGCUGCAGAAUCAAUUAAGAUUUGGAACAGGACUACCUUGCAGUGUAUCCGGACCAUGGAGUGUGAUUAUGCACUUUGCUCCCUUUUUGUCCCAGGAGAUAGGCAGGUCAUAGUAGGAACAAAGGUUGGAAAGCUGCAGCUAUUUGAUCUGGCUUCUGGGUGUUUAUUGGAAACCGUUGAUGCUCACGAGGGGGCUCUGUGGUCCAUAUCCCUUUCUUUUGAUCAGCGUGGUUUUGUAACAGGAGGAGCGGAUAAAUCUGUCAAGUUCUGGGAAUUUCAGCUGGUGAAAGAUAAGAACAGUGUCCAAAAGAGGCUCUCUGUGAAGCAGACACGUGUUUUGCAGCUGGAUGAAGAUGUUCUCUGUGUUCGGUACAGCCCCAAUCAAAAACUUCUGGCCGUUGCCUUACUGGACUGCACUGUGAAAAUAUUCUAUACUGAUACACUCAAGUUUUUUCUUUCUCUCUAUGGCCAUAAAUUGCCAGUGCUGUGCAUGGAUAUCUCUUAUGAUGGAGCGUUAAUUGCAACAGGCUCUGCUGACCGGAAUGUGAAGAUCUGGGGCUUGGACUUCGGGGAUUGUCAUAGGUCUCUUUUUGCCCAUGAUGACAGUGUAAUGUAUCUUCAGUUUGUUCCAAAGUCCCACCUCUUCUUUACAGCAGGAAAGGACCACAAAAUUAAACAGUGGGAUGCGGAUAAAUUCGAGCAUAUUCAGACUCUAGAGGGACAUCACCAGGAAGUGUGGUCUCUGGCCAUCAGUCCCAAUGGAGAUUACCUUGUCUCCAGCUCUCAUGAUAAAUCAUUGCGCCUCUGGGAAAGGACAAGGGAACCCCUUAUUCUGGAGGAGGAGAGGGAAAUGCAAAGAGAAAUAGAAUAUGAAGAUAGUAUCGCUAAGGAAGAUCAGCCAGUGGUUCCUGGGGAGAUUCAAGGCGAGGCUGGAUUAGCUGGGAAGAAGACCAUUGAAACUAUCAAGGCAGCUGAACGGAUCAUGGAAGCCAUUGAACUCUACAGAGAGGAGACUACCAAACUGGAAGAGCACAAGGCCAUCUGCAGAGCUGCUGGAAAAGAAGUUCCCGUUCCUGUAAACCCAAUUCUCCAGGCAUAUGGCAAUAUUUCACCUUCUGCAUAUGUAUUGGACAUUCUCAAAAAGGUGAAAUCAAGUGAAUUGGAAGAAUCUCUUUUGGUUUUGCCCUUCUCCUAUGUGCCUGACCUUCUAAUGCUCUUCAAUCAAUAUCUCCAGUUGGGUCUAGAGGUAGAGUUGCUCUGCCGGGCUCUCCUGUUUUUGCUCAGGAUACAUUUUGGGCAGAUCACAAGCAAUCAGCUUCUUGUUCAGGUGAUGGAGAACCUGAAAAAAACCACCAUUUCAAGAGUCAGUCAAGUGAGAGAUGUUCUGGGAUUUAAUAUAGCUGGUCUCCAGUUCCUAAAGAGAGAAGUUGAAGCCAGGGAUGAAGUGACUUUUUUUGCUGAUGCUACUGACCGAUUUGAGGAGAAAAAGAGGAAGAGAAAGAAGAAACAGAAGAUGAUUCUUGCAGUACUAUGAGGCAGUUUGCCAAAGGAUUUGUUGCCGUGCGAGAACACUGUGAUGCCUACUUCCACAUACUGAGGGGGUGUGAUUUUCAUGGGCUUGGGAGGGUGAGAGAUCUGGGGAAAAAUCAUGUUGAGUUUUUAUCCACAGGUUUUGAGAUGGGUUAUAGGAGAUCAGGACUAUCCCUUCUUAUGUGUUCCCUGCUCUUAGCUGCUACAACUUCUCCUGAUCUGUUGCUUUUGCUCACCUCCUAUCACAGGACCCCACGUUGACUCUCACCCCACUCAUCCUAAUGGCAAAUCAUGAGGAUAGAGCUUCCUGCCCUCUUGCUGGAUGGAUGAAUAUUUUAGUCCUGUUCUCCCCACCCUCUGAAAAAAAAAAGAAAAAGCAGCAAUUGUUCAGAUUUGAUGUGGAUAUGAAUAACGUGUUUCACACAAUAUAGCUCUUUGGCCUGAUCUGAGAAUUGAUCUGUCUUUACAAUUUGAGGUGGUUUCGUUUGUACUCAGUUUUCAUUCUCAUUUUUGCUAUUUAAUGAAUUUAUCAUUUCAGUAA